AUGUCAUGGCAUCCAAAUUAUUGCACGAUUCUGUAUUUAUUUUCUAGUUUAUUAGAUGCCUUUGAUGGUUGGACAGCUCGCAAGCUGAACCAGUCGACUAAUUUUGGUGCGAUCUUAGACAUGGUCACCGACAGAUGCGCAACUUCUUGUUUGCUUUGCUUUCUUUGCGCCGCUUACCCGAAGUAUGCUAUCAUCUUUCAAUUGCUUGUAAGUUUGGACUUGGCUAGUCAUUACAUGCAUAUGUACAGCACAAUCCACCAAGGUGCCAAAUCUCAUAAAUCAAUGACCAACAAGCAUUCUUGGUUACUACGCAUGUAUUAUAGUAACAACAACGUUCUUUUUAUUUUUUGUGCAGCGAACGAAAUGUUUUUUGUUGCUCUGUACUUGCUUUCAUUCACCCCAGCUUCUCCUCCCCGAUUAGGUUUUGUCAGUGUACCUACCUUUGUCUAUUCAACUGGCUAUCUACCACUCUCGUAUCCUACGGUUCUGACGGUGCUCUGUGGACCCAUUUGUUUUCUCAAGCAACUAAUCAAUGUCGUCCAACUUGUUAAUGCUUCUAACGCUCUUGUCGAUAUGGACAUUGAACAAAGAAAACUUAGUAAGAAAACGAAGUAG